AGUUGUAUUAUGCUCGUUGUAGCGUCAAUAUACUCAAUAUGUUCAAAACUUUGGUACACUUUCACUUGCCGUGUGCUCAACACACCGCACAUCUGACAUUAUUUUAUUUUUCAUAAUCAGUACAUAUCUUAAGAUACACCACUGCAUACACAACCAGAGGAAGAAAAAAAAAUUGUAAAACGGAAACUCUUCGAUCGACCGUUGUAUACAUAGCUUGUUGUUGUUUAUAUUCGGAGAGCUGUAAUUGUAAAUUGUAGGCCAUUCGGUCGAGUUUUGUUGGAUUAAUCAGAGUAAUAAAUUGAUUUGAAAAAAAACCUCGCUGGUAAAAGAGACAAAAUUGAAAUUUUGAAAUUAAAUUUUUGUGUUCAUUGUUUUGGUUUCAUCGGAAUUAAAAUAUCGGGGAAAAGUAAAUAACAAAAAAAAACCUUAGUGCUCGCUAUAAACAUCGCAUAAUAUUUAUAGUGUGUACCGGGGGGGUUGUUGAUAUGUAAAACGAGAACCACACUCUCUGUGACACCAAUAUGUUUGUAACUAAAAUUAAAUGAAAAAAAUAAAUUAACAUUUCGGACUGACUGGUUAGAUUGGAUUUCAAUUUUAUUAUUGAAGGAUUUGCCGCGUCGGUUAUUACAAAAACAUAAAACAAUUAUUUUAUAAAGUUGACCAUAUAUAUAACUGCAUUGUGCGAGAACAUAAAUGUACCUACGAAUGUGAUAUACAUACGGUUUUAUGUGUAAUAAAACCUGUGCUUUGUUAUGCAAAUAACGAGAUCAAAAGUUAAAAUUUAAUUAAUUUGGUGGUUUGUAUGCGUUUCAUUUUAAAAAAAAUUGUUUUAAAUUACAUUUAACGUGCGAAAGUCACAAACGCUGUUGCAGCCAAAGUGAUACAUAACCGGGACAUAUAAGCCGAAAAAGUUCAUUUCAAUCAAAACGGGAAAAUUAUUUUCGACUCACAAACGAGAGGCAAUUUCACCAUGUUAAUGAAACUGUGGUUUUUGUCAUCAAUGUCGAUGGCUGCAAUGUUGCUAACACUUUUGCUCAUCGACGAACCGAAACAGGCAAUCGCUCAGCAAGAGCCGAUUUUCGAACUACCUGUACAAUUGGUUGGAUUUCCGGUCAUUAUAUUGGCGGUUCGAUUAUCGAAUUUCGUGAAAAAGUUGUCUUACUCGCUCAGUCCACAAACAUACCAAUCACGAAGCCGUCGUUCCACACAAUGGCAAAUCGAUCCGGAUUUCAUCAACAUAUCGAAAGAAGCAAUCGAUAUAACAUCGGCAGAAAAGCAAAUCCUAACCGAACUUGGACCGAAAGCUUGUGUUUUGGAAGAACCUUGUCGAUUCCAUGCCGGCCGUCAUCGGACCAAUGGCGAACAGCCCGAUUGGAACAACAUAUUACGCAACUACAAGAACCAGUCAAGUGGAAUGAAGCAAUGGUAUCUGUUGUCCGUAUUUCUGGGCGAUGUCAUUCGUGAUGUUCCACUAUGCAAGAAGCUGGCCAAACGACUACGAUGUGACCGAGACGAAAAAGUAUUUGUGCGAGAUUGAAUUGACUGUAUUUGCGAUGUGUGAUGCUGGUGGCUGUGGAUCGUUGGAUGUGAAUUAGUCAGUCGAUUAUGUUGAGUGUGUUUUUAAGCGGAAAAUCAUCGAGAUCUUUUUUUUUGUGCUUGGGUCAAUUAAAUUAGUUGAAUUAGUUCUUAAGAAACAUAAAUUGUAUGUGUGCGCAGCUGGUCAAUAAAAUGUUAAGUUGGACAAAUAAAAACCAAAUUAAGAAGAAA